UCCUUUGGUAACGGAACAAGCGUUGUGAAAUUUAGUUUAUCAAUAUGUGUUUCGCAACAACGUUUUAAAGGUAAUUGCGCUUGAUUCGAGAUGCAGCCAUGCUAAGAUGGGCUACCGUCAACUGGCCUCACAGGCCUUCAACUUAAAGCUCGAGCUGCCUGUGGACGCCAACGGAGGAAUGUAAACCUGCCGCCGCGCGAGGAAUGGGAUUCGAGUCUAGUGACGAAAGAAGAGGCUCAAAAAUGUACAAAAAAUCUGCACCGAACCAGAAAAUCUCGGCCACCGCCUGGGACAACGCAUACGCCCAGAAAACCCAGGAGUUGAGGAACGAGGAGCGACGCAUCAGCAUCCACGCUGGCGGCGGCUCUCGCCAAUCGCUCAACCAAGAUGACGAACAGAACGCUUACGACUUCCGGAAAUCCUUUCGCAUCUCGCGUCUCUUGCACAUCUUUACCAGUAAGAAGUUCCGCGACAGGACCUUGGAAAAUCUUUACCGGAGAUAUUUCAUCAAAGUUGACCAGUCAUCCCAGUCCAACAUGCAAGUCAUUAGCGUCAUCAUCUGCGCUCUCCUCAUUUUUUUCUACUACAUCAACGGCCUGACCGGCUUCAUUCGCGGGCUGGUCAUGGGAAUUGUCAUCCUUAUGUUCGCUGUGCUGGAGAUAUUUCUCUAUCGCAUCACCUUGCAGUACACCUCGCUCCAGAUCAUCUGCUCCAUGUCUCUCUUCCUGCUCAUCGCUGUCGUCUGCACCAUCACCCUGGACCGCGAUAUACCCGACGGUGGGGACGGUGUCUGGGUCACCGUGUUCUUUAUUUACAUGACGUAUACGGGUAUCCCUACCCAGCUGCGCGUGGCAUUCGUCAUGGGAUUACUGCUCCCACUGUUCCAAAUUGCCUUGACUACCAAAUUCAAUGUACCGAAUGAAUUCCAACUCGAGCAGGUGAAGAUCAACAUUUUCAUCUACGUUUGCGUCAAUGUUAUCGGCAUAUUUUUCCACUACCCAAUGGAGGCCCAGCAGAGAGAGGCCUUUCUGGAAACACGAAACUGUAUCAGUGUCCGGCUGGCGACACAGAAGGAAAACCAGAAGCAGGAACGAUUGCUGUUGUCUGUUUUACCGCGGCAUGUUGCCAUGGAGAUGAAAGCGGAUAUUGCAGGCAACAAGAAGGAAGCCAUGUUCCAUAAAAUCUACAUCCAGCGUCACGAUAACGUCAGCAUCCUAUUCGCCGACAUCUGCGGCUUCACGGCUCUGUCGUCUACCUGUACGGCCCAAGAGCUGGUCCAGCUCCUGAACGAGCUGUACGCCCGCUUCGACACACUGGCCACCCAGAACCACUGCCUGCGCAUCAAACUGCUGGGCGACUGCUACUACUGCGUCAGUGGCAUGCCGGAACCACGACGUGACCAUGCGCACUGCGCCGUAGAGAUGGGACUGGACAUGGUGGAAGCUAUUGCAUUGGUGCGUGACUUGACUGGUGUCAAUGUAAAUAUGAGGGUCGGCAUCCACUCUGGACGUGUCCACUGUGGUGUCCUGGGCUUGUACAAAUGGCAGUAUGACGUCUGGUCUAAUGACGUCACACUGGCCAAUCACAUGGAGAGUGGAGGGUUACCUGGACAUGUUCAUAUAAGUGCAGCCACAAAGGAAUACCUGAAUGGUGACUACGAUGUGGUUCCAGGGAAAGGUGGCACUCGAGAUUCUUAUAUUAAGAACCUCAAUAUACAGACGUUCCUUAUUAAAACAGACACACGUAGAUACAAAGCAUUUGAUAAUGUCCGGGAACAUGUAACAAGUGGAGCUAUGAAGUUAAUGGGAAUUGAGGAAAAAGGAAAUGUUGUCAACGACCAUAAAGGUAUAGAGGAUGAAGUGAAUGAGUACCUGAGUAGAGCUAUAGAUGCCAGGAGUGUUGACAGGUUGAGAGCAGAUCAUGUCAAAGGCCUUUUCAUGACAUUCCGCAAAGCGUCAAUUGAAGAAAAAUUUUCUAAAAAACCAGACAAGAUGUUCUCCGACCAUGUCCUGUGUCAGCUCAUUAUUGUCCUGCUCAUUGUCACCUCACACAUUCUCCUAUCUGACGUGUUGCCAAGUUUUUUGGAGCAUAGACUCACAAAGAAACAAAAAAAUUACUUGAGUGCUGAACUUGUGUUUGUUCUCUUUGAUUUUUUAUUAUUUAUUCUUGUCCUUGUGGAAAUGAUGCCUUGUUUUCCAUUGGUUAUAAGAAAGUUUUUUCAUAAUUUUCUUGGAAGGCGUAAUGUUAGUCAAAGUCUAGCAGCAUUGUCUAUAUUGUGUAAAUUCUUAGCUGGUAUAUUUCCUAUGCUAUUUGUAGAACAGCCUGACCUGAAGUCGUGCCUAAAGGACCACUAUGGAAACUUUUCCCUUUACACUGUCCGUCUAGCCAACAUCACAAGAGCCUCCAAGACAACUAUUUGCAACCCUGAUGGUGAGACUACAUUUUUUCCUGAGCGCUACCUGUAUUCUGUAGUGAUAGCCAUGCUGAGUACUUCCGUAUUUCUGGAAGCUUCCAGUCUAAUCAAGUUGGUGCUCUCAGCUCUUAUUGGAAGUCUCUACAUGGUGCUCAUGGAAUCCUUUUACCCUCUCCUCUUCACAAACAGAGAUUACCUCCUCCUCACAGACCAUGACAUGGAACCUUUUGCUGACGGAGGAUGGGUUCCACUACGCUGGGAGGCCAUAGUGAUUAUCAUCAUGAUCACAUUGAUAUUGUUCUUACAUGCCCAGCAAGUGGAAUCGACAACACGCUUAGAUUUUAUCUGGAAAAUUCAGGCUCAAGAAGAAAAAGAAGAGGGAGAGAACCUUAGAGAGUACAAUCUGAAACUCUUAUCAAAUAUCCUCCCUUUACAUGUGGCCAAACAUUUUCUUCAAAUGAAAGAUGAAACGAACUUGUACUAUGAGGAUAUAAACAACGUUGGUGUGAUGUUUGCCUCAAUUGUCAAUUUCUCAGAGUUUUACAUGGAGCUAGAGUCUAAUAAUGAAGGUGUAGAGUGUCUCAGACUGCUUAAUGAAAUUAUAGCAGACUUUGAUACUUUGUUAACGCAUAAGAGAUUUUUUUGUGUAGAAAAAAUAAAAACGGUGGGUCAGACGUACAUGUGUGCUUCAGGCUUGACGAGCAGAACCAACUUCUCUGACUUGUCUCACGUGACAGCCCUGGCUGACUACACUUUUGCCCUGCAGAACCAGAUGCAGUACAUUAAUGAAAACUCAUUCAAUAACUUUGUCAUGAGAAUAGGUAUAAAUAUUGGUCCUGUAGUUGCUGGGGUCAUUGGUGUUAAAAAACCACAUUAUGACAUUUGGGGAAACACAGUCAAUGUGGCCAGUCGAAUGGACAGUACAGGUGUUCCAAACAAAAUACAGGUGACAACAGAACUGUUCAGAUUAUUAUUAGCCCAGAACUACAAGCUUUCAUAUCGUGGGUCGGUCCAAGUGAAAGGCAAAGGCGAUAUGCAAACUUAUUUUCUUGAAAGCAUGCCACCGGCUUCUGAAUCCCCUCCAUUGUCAUAUAUGUGUGAUGAAGCUAGUGCAUCAUUCAGAAAAAAAUAAAUUGAUUUGUAAACUGUUAUGUAGCAGUUUCUUAUAUCAAUCUGAAAACAAAUAAAAAAUUGAAGUGGACACAAUUAUUUAACCAAAUAUUUUAUAUACUUCAUAAAUUUGUACCAAUUUUUAUGUGCUCUUUAAAAAUUCAAAUGGUAAAAAUUUGUAAAUAAAAAGGUAGUGUAACAACCACAUUAAUGUUUUAAAUGUAUAUUCAUCAACCAUAUAUGACAAACUUUCUAUGAUAUUGAAGAAUUUCGCCUCAGUGAGUAUGGUUCCCAUUAUGUUUCAAACGGUUGCAUCUACUUAAAAUAUUUUUUGAAGUUGAUUUAAAUUCUUGGUUGAAAUAUAUAUUAUAAAUAAACUAUACAUGACCAAAAUGAUGCAGACAGUUUUACUUAUUUUCUUUUUAGAUUUUCAACAAAUGUUAAUUUGUCUAUGUUUCAGAUUUCUAUUCAUGU